CUUAUCUGGAAUGCAUUGUGCACGUCUGCAACAAAACACGACGACUCUAAAGUUAGCAAACAUUUUGUGUGUGCGAGUGAUUCGUACCCAGUUGUUCGUCGAGCGCUUCAAUAUUGAAUGUCGUAUUCGUCUCUGGCUGGUAGCUCGGAUCCCCACACCAUGUGAGCCAGGGGAAGAAUAUGCUGGUUGCUGUAGCGACCAGCCACUACCGACCCAUACACCAGGAUAUCGUUGAAGAGAAAGAACUGGCGUUUCUUUGGGCCCUUCCUACAGACUUUCCAGAGCAUACCUUCGCGGAUGAAUAUCCGUCCAGGGACCUGGAGCGCCUGUAAAGCGCGCGAGAAAAGAGAAUAUGUGUGACACGAUUGUGUGAAUCUGGGCAGUCGCUCGCUCACCGCUCCUCCCGUGAACUUGUUUUGAAUGUCGAGGAUCUUGUCGAUGUUGAAGUCGCUCUGGGCCAGCGCAGCCUCGGCCUCUGUCAUGUGGACGUUAGCCGCAUUUACUUUCGUGGAGGUUCUUUUCUUGUGGAAGAAACUCAUGGCGCUUUUAGAUGACUUUCUCCGCUUCUUCUUCCUUGUUUUAUUAUCGUAAGGUGUGGCGUAUAUUCUAAAUCACGCCCACCAAUGCACACGCAUGCGCAAUGCGCAUAUCUGCCGAGUGAUAUCACCAUGACGUAAUCGGCAACUUUGACAAAGACGAGAGAAAGUUCUUCCUGAAGCGUUCUAGCAAGACGAUACAGCGGCCAGACAUGACUACAGAGAACGACAAACCGUUCCAGUGUAUGUUCGAGGGAUGUGGUCAGAGGUUCUCAAACAAUGACCAUCUGGCUGUGCACCGUCAGAAACACGAGUUCUCUCUCAAGUUUGGGAUCGCAAGCAAGACCGGGGAAGCCCUUCUCGUUGAUCAGACACCAACUCCGACGAGAUUCCUGAGGAACGUUGAAGAGAGUGGGCUUUUUCAGGAACUGGCUGAUAACCCGUUUGACCAGGUACAGCAACUGUACCUGGCUACUGUACAACUCCCCACUAAAAAACAGCAAAAAGGACACCUCAUUUUGGAGUUUGAAAAGAGCAAGAAUGGUGCAGACAAGCAAACCUCGGUGGGCGAGGCAGCGAAAGUGCCACACCCCUCUGCCGAACCUGUCACCGUGACAACCGGCACGUCAACCAUCACCAUCGCCGGCAUCUCGAUGGCUCCACCCCCUUCAGUCGCCAACCCCGAUAAACCAGUUCCUAUGGCGACAGCACCACCUCACAUGACCACGGCAUCUGUUUUUACAAAACAGCUGAAAGAACAGCAGAAAUAUCUCGAGGCCCAGAUAGCCAGCAUGGCCAACCAGCAGCUGAACAGUCCAGAUCUCCUGAGUGCACUAAAAGCCAUCCAACAAGGAGACUGCCUCGGAAAAGACUCCGGGAAACAGCUGGCCACUUCACCUCCUCUAUUCACUGCACCCACCGCCGUCCCCGAUCACAUUGCCAAUCCCGGGAGAAAGUAA